AUGGCCCAGAAGCCAGCCUUCGCAACCCCUCCCCCGGCGGUCCCGGACGUCGACAUCUCCUUCCCCCGGCCCCAUGUCCUGCUCAUCACCCUCAACCGGCCCCGCCACCUCAACUCCAUCCCUUCAGAGCUCCAUUACACCCUCGCGAGCCUCUACGACUGGUACGACGCCGAGCCGUCCCUCCGCUGCGCCGUCCUCACCGGCACCGGCCGCGCCUUCUGCGCCGGCGCCGACCUGAAGGAGUGGAACGUCCGCAACACGUCCGGCAAGCCGCCGACGCCGUCCUCCGUCGGCGCCGACCCGACCCCCGUCGUCGUCACGCCCUCCGACGCCCUGGGCAACCCGGGCGAUAAGUGGCGCCCGUCGGCCGGCUUCGGGGGCUUGUCGAACCGCGGCGGCAAGAAGCCCGUCAUCGCGGCCGUGAACGGGCUCUGCCUGGGCGGUGGCAUGGAGAUGAUCAUCAACGCCGACCUGGUGUACGCCUCGACCAAGGCCAAGUUCGGGCUGCCCGAGGUCACCAUCGGCGUCAUCGCCGUCGCGGGCGCCCUGCCGCGGCUCAUCAAGUCCGUCGGCCGGCAGCGGGCGUCCGAGAUGGCCCUCAUGGGCCGGUCCGACUACACGCCCGAGCAGAUGCUCGCCUGGGGCCUCGUGAACCAGGUCGUGCCGCCGGACUCGCUGAUGGAGACGGCGCUGGGCGCCGCCGAGACGAUUGCGCGGAACUCGCCCGACUCGGUCAUCGUCUCGAGAGAAGGGCUCAAGAGCGGGUGGGAGCCAAUGGGCCCCGGGGAGGCGACGGCGGUGGUCGACCAGGGCAUCUACCGUCUGAUGGAGGCUGGGGAGAACAUGACGGAGGGGGUCAAGAGUUUCGUCGAGAAGAGGAAGCCCGUUUACAAGGACAGCAAGUUGUAG